UGGAAUAAAACUCAGGCUGGUAAGGGAGAUGGCAACGUCGACGGCGAUGGCGGAGGAUACGAGCUUCGAGGAAGACCAACUAGCUUCCAUGACUCCUGAUGACAUCCCUAGAGCUUCUCGUCUCUUAGCCAACGAGAUUCGCAUCCUCAAGGAAGAAUUGCAGAGGGCAAACCUUGAUUUGGAAUCAGUGAAGGAGAAAAUAAAGGAGAACCAGGAGAAGAUUAAGCUAAACAAACAGCUUCCUUACUUAGUCGGCAAUAUCGUUGAGAUUCUUGAGAUGAGUCCAGAGGAUGAUGCAGAGGAAUAUGGAGCGAAUAUCGAUCUGGACUCUCAGAGGAAGGGAAAAUGCGUCGUUCUUAAAACAUCAACUCGCCAGACCAUCUUUCUCCCCGUUGUUGGACUUGUUGAUCCGGAUACAUUGAAGCCUGGGGACUUAGUUGGAGUUAACAAAGAUAGCUACUUGAUUCUGGAUACUUUGCCGUCUGAAUAUGAUUCAAGAGUAAAAGCAAUGGAGGUUGACGAAAAACCUACUGAAGACUACAAUGAUAUAGGGGGACUAGAGAAGCAGAUACAAGAACUUGUUGAAGCCAUUGUGUUGCCAAUGACUCAUAAAGAGCAGUUCGAAAAGUUGGGUAUCCGUCCACCCAAAGGUGUACUCUUGUAUGGUCCUCCUGGAACCGGAAAGACGUUGAUGGCCCGAGCUUGUGCAGCACAGACAAAUGCAACUUUCCUGAAACUAGCAGGGCCACAACUUGUUCAGAUGUUCAUUGGAGAUGGAGCAAAACUUGUCCGUGAUGCUUUCCUGCUUGCAAAAGAGAAAUCCCCUUGUAUUAUAUUCAUAGACGAGAUUGACGCAAUUGGGACAAAGCGUUUUGAUAGCGAAGUUAGUGGAGACCGUGAGGUGCAAAGGACAAUGUUGGAGCUGCUCAACCAGCUGGAUGGAUUCAGCAGCGAUGAUCGCAUCAAGGUUAUUGCAGCGACAAAUCGUGCUGAUAUACUAGAUCCUGCCCUUAUGCGUUCUGGUCGUUUGGAUCGUAAAAGGCACCCCACUGAAGAAGCUAGAGGCAGGAUCUUACAGAUACAUUCAAGGAAAAUGAAUGUGAAUGCAGACGUCAAUUUUGAAGAGCUUGCUCGAUCAACGGAUGAUUUCAAUGGAGCUCAACUCAAAGCAGUGUGUGUUGAAGCGGGUGUGCUUGCCCUGCGCCGGGAUGCAACUGAGGUGAACCAUGAGGAUUUCAAUGAAGGUAUAAUUCAAGUACAAGCCAAGAAGAAAGCAAGCUUAAAUUACUACGCCUAAGUCCUCUUUUAUGUACACUCCUUUCUCCUAUUUACAUCAUAGUAAAGUUCAAGUUGUAGUCUCAGCUUUUGAAUCUGGAAGUGGAACCCCUUCAAAGUGUGGUUAUAAAAAUUCAUUUUGACAUA